CCUCGCGCGCCCGGCCGCCCCCCCCGCCCCCUCCGCGCCGCCGCCGCCGCCGCGAUGCCCCCCCCUGCGCCCGGGGCCCGGCUCCGGCUCCUCGCCGCCGCCGCCCUGGCCGGCCUGGCCGUCAUCAGCCGAGGGCUACUGUCUCAGAGCUUGGAGUUCAGCUCCCCAGCAGACAACUACACGGUGUGCGAGGGCGACAACGCCACCCUCAGCUGCUUCAUUGAUGAGCAUGUGACGCGCGUGGCCUGGCUGAACCGCUCCAACAUCCUCUACGCCGGCAACGACCGCUGGACCAGCGACCCUCGCGUUCGGCUGCUCAUCAACACGCCCGAAGAGUUCUCCAUCCUCAUCACCCAGGUGGGGCUGGGCGAUGAGGGCCUCUACACCUGCUCCUUCCAGACCCGCCACCAGCCCUACACCACCCAGGUGUUCCUCAUUGUGCACGUUCCCGCCCGCAUUGUGAACAUCUCCUCGCCCGUGACAGUGAACGAAGGGGGCAAUGUGAACCUGCUCUGCCUCGCCAUGGGGCGGCCAGAGCCCACUGUCACUUGGAGGCAGCUCCGAGACGGCUUCACCUCUGAGGGCGAGAUUUUGGAGAUUUCCGACAUCCAGAGGGGCCAGGCGGGAGAGUAUGAGUGUGUGACCCACAACGGGGUGAACUCGGUGCCCGACAGCCGCCGUGUGCUGAUCACUGUCAACUACCCUCCGACCAUCACGGACGUGACCAGCGCCCGCACAGCCCUGGGCCGCGCCGCCCUCCUGCGCUGUGAGGCCAUGGCGGUGCCCCCCGCGGACUUCCAGUGGUACAAGGACGACAGACUGCUGAGCGGCGCCUCCGCAGAGGGCCUGAAGGUGCAGACGGAGCGCACCCGUUCAAUGCUUCUGUUCGCCAACGUGAGCGCCCGGCAUUAUGGCAACUACACGUGUCGCGCAGCCAACCGGCUGGGAGCCUCCAGCGCCUCCAUGCGGCUCCUGCGUCCUGGAUCCCUGGAGAACUCAGCCCCCAGGCCCCCAGGGCCCCUGACCCUCCUCUCUGCCCUGGGCUGGCUGUGGUGGAGGAUGUAGGAAGAACCCAAUGCAACAGGCCUCCCCCCACAGGGGGCCUGAAGCCGAGAGCAAAAGAGAGAGAGAGAAAGGGGGAGCAAGCACCGUGGGGUCUCCAGGGGACGGAAGAGCUCUCGGUCACCAGGAAGAGAGAGGAAGAAGAGGAAGAAGGAAGAUCUUUAGAGAACCCAUCACUGUGAGGGAUAACGCAAAAUUAUGCAUCUUUCUCCAGCCAUUCUUAUCACCUUUCACGUUUCCCACUGUGACCCACCCCCGGCCACCCCACACCCCUCUCUUAGCUCAGGCUGUCAACUGGAUCGAGCGUGUGUGUAUGUGUGUGUGUGUGUGUGUGUGUGUGUGGUGUGUGUGUGUGUGUGUGUGUGUGUGUGUGUGUGUGGCUAGUGGGACAGGGAAGGGAACUCAGCAGUCUUCCCUUCCCCCAACCCCCACAUCCACUGCUCCCCCCUACCCUGUGCUUCUCACCUCUGGCAGGAGGUAGGUAUGGGGGCUUUAUGGUAAAAAGCUGUGAAGAGAGACUUUCCCAGCCCCCCAUCCUCCCAGUAUAUGCACGUACACCAUCCCUCCCCCCUUUCUGGAAAGGGGUCUCCUGGGAAAGUGGGGAGUGGGGGAGGGUGUCACCCGUCAAGCUAUCAUUCAGCCAUUGUGAGUAGAUGGGGAAGAACCUUCCUAGCACUGGGGGGGGUCUCCCUUUUGUCAACCAGGUGUGUCCUCAGAGACCCCCUUGCUAGCUCAGUGGCCCUGAGACCUUCUCCCCUUGCCCUGCCCCUUCCCUGGACUUUCUGGCCCCCUCCUGGGCCGACCGGUGCUUCCAUCCAAUUGUCAGACCGUUGCCUCUGGUGGCCUGUCUGUCUCAGUGCUUUGCCCUACCCCCCCACCACCACCACCCCCACUGCCUUCGGCCCCCACCAGCUGGCCCACCCUGGCCUGUCCACCUUCUGUACCUCCCACCCUCACACACUCAGACACACAUGCACACACCAGCGACUGUGACCAGCAAUAGCUCCCUGUCUUCAGUGACCUGGAGCCGGUGACCAGCUGCAGUGCCUCCAGGGGUGGGCAGCUGUGGUCAGGAAAGGAGAGGCUGUCCCCUCAGCUCUGACUGCGGGGACUCCCAACCAUCCCUACCACCGACACCCCACAUCACACACAUGGGGUGGGGGCAGAGAGAGACCAGAGGCAUCCCACAGACAUCCAAGCCCAGACCAGAUGCCAAGUCAUCCACUUCGACUCCCAGGGGACCCCCUAUCAACCUCACCCUGAACCCAACCACCCAGAGCUUUUUGGGGGGACUAGGGUAAGAGAAAGCAGAGCAGGGGCAGGGGGCAAGGGGCAGUGACUGUACCUCAGACGGGGGCGUGGGCCCCAUCCCACAUUGUCUUCCAUUCCCAGGGUCCAGAGGAUGGGGAGGGCUGCCAGGGAGGGGGGUGGGGGGGGCCCUGGGGGCCGUGUGUUCCGAUUCAUGGGGAGUGUUGAGACCGUCACACCAAUAAAAGCCUUUUUCCAAAGUCUCCGCCUGCAGGUGUCGCUAUAGACAUGGGCAAGUGGAGGGCAGAAGGGCAUGGUCAUUUGGGGGUGCCCCCCCCAACAUCAUUUCUGUCCCUCCUUUGUCUUUGAUAGAUGGGAAAUUGACCGAUCAUGGGGGGAGGGUUUGGGGGGGUUCCCAGUUGUAAUGGGCAAGGUCCACUUCCCUGUGUGACUAGUUCAGAGGUGGGGACCUUACCCAGUCACAGAGCUGCAGGUUCCCAUGGAAAUGGGCUCUUCAGACAAAGAGGCUUGAACCCUAAGUCUGCAGAGUUGAAAUCUGCAGGCUUUGGCUUUUUUCCACCAUGUGGAGAGAUCCUGGGUCUGUGGGGAAGAAGGCCUGAGAAUGAUGGAGUCUCCAUGGGCUGCAGAGUGCAAACUUUCGAGAAACUUGGUCCAUGGCCAUCAUUCAAGCAACUGGAUCAAAACGUACCUGACACCUGCAUUCACUUACAUAAGCAAUAAAGUCGCCUGUGUGCUUAAGCCAA